AUGUAUCUAUUCCGAGACCCACUGCCAGAAAACAAGUCGAACAGGAGCAAAAUGGAAGCAAAGAAGACGGCGAUUGAAAAGGGGCGAAAGCGGCGCGUCGGCUUUUCCGUCGAGAUUAAAUUCCACGAAAACUCGCAAAGCAUUCCAACAGAGCUGUCAGAAAACGCGAGGAAAAAUGAGGCGUGCUUCAGAGCGCGAAAAGAUGCUCAAAAGGUCAUUGCCUUGUUCGAACAAAGACCGCUCUGGUCAAAGCAUGCGCUGAUGGAUUUGACCGGAAUGAAAAGUGAUACAAUGAAGGAACUCUUGCCGAUGAUCGCGUUUUAUUGGAAAACCGGUCCUUGGGCACGACUGUGGAAUCGGUUUGGCUUCAAUCCGCUGAAGGAGAAACUCGAGGGCCGGAAAUACCAAUCCAUCGACGUACGCGUGAACAUGGACACGAGCAUCCACGUGAAACGGAGAACCAUGUCCAAAUUGCCGAAUGUGGUUGUCUACAACACGAUUCUCAAAGACGGGCCGAUGGAGUGGGCGCACGAAGCUCAGCGCAUGUUAGAUGCGAAGAAGAAGGAGGAAGAGAGAAAUGCGCAAAGGGAAAAAGGCAAGUAA